AUGACGGCAGUCGCGAAUCCCCCGACCUUUUCGCAGAUAUCCCGGCCAGCAUGGGGCCCCGUUGAUGGCAGCUCGAUGAACGCCGACGACGCUCGAGGCAUGUUCAUGACGCGAAAGACGCUCUCUCGAUCAAACUCUUCCUCGUCCGUCUCCUCCAACUUAUCCAACUCAUCCACGUCGACGGUCCUCUCGAAUGGGACCUCCUCCCAGACCAACGGCACCCCACUAUCAUCGACCACCGACCUGACACAGUGGUCCUCUUCUUCCGCCACCGCGUCGCGUAGAAAGCCGCGGAACGGCCAAGGCUGGCCCGCGUCCAAGGGAGAGGUCCAGACCGACUUCUCCAGGCUGCCAGCUGCGGGCCGACAAAACGGCAUGAUCCCGCAGCAGCACGGUCAGAUGCAGCCCGGGCCAAACCAGCAGCAGCAGCAACAACAACAACAACAACAACAACAGAUGUCCCAGCAAGGAAUGAUGGCACGACCCAUGCAGGGAGGGGAGGGAAUUUCUCCUGCACAGCCCACCCUAUAUCUCCUAUCUCUCAACGGCACCUUUGAGAGGAAAACCAUUGCCGUGCCGUUCGCCCCCGAGUCGUUGAGGAUAGGACGCCAGACUAAUCAAAAGACGAUACCCACGGCCGCCAACGGCUUCUUUGACAGUAAAGUGCUGUCAAGACAGCAUGCAGAGGUGUACGCCGAGCGUAAUGGCAAGAUUUACAUCCGCGACGUCAAGUCUUCCAACGGCACCUUUGUCAACGGCGCCCGCCUCUCUCAGGAGAAUCGCGAGUCGGAACCUCACGAACUGUCGACGGGUGACCAUCUUGAACUCGGUAUCGAUAUUGUCAGCGAAGAUCAAAAGACUGUUGUUCACCACAAGGUCGCUGCCAAGGUCGAGCAUGCAGGCUUCAUGAACUCAUCGAGCAACGUCCUCGACAUGAAUUUUGGCGACCUCGACCCGGCCAACAGCUCUGCCAUGAUGGGCGCUGGCGGACCGAUGCAUACCCGUGGCCGCGCCGGCAACAACAUGCCCGCCGGGAACAACAACCGCAUGUUUACAGCAGCUGGCACACCUAACAGCAUGGGCCAGCAGAGGCCGUUCUUCCUCUCGCCCGUGGCUACAGACCAGAUUCUCAAGAAGCUCUCGAACGAGAUGAGGAAUGCUCGUCUUCAAGCCCAGGAUCUCGGGCGAGCCAAUCAGUUCAUCGGAACACUCCUAUCAAAGAACGACAUCAAGGACCUCGAUAAGGCCGAGGUCCCCGAACCGCCCAGACAGCAGAUGCACAUGGUCAACGGUGGUCUUCCCUUCCGACCAGACCCUAAGGCACGAUUCUCGGAGCCCCCGGCACCGCCGCCGCAACAGCCGCUACCAGAGAAGCCCAACGUACUCCCGCCGAAGAGAGGUGUGACGAAACCUGGCAGCCCUGCGGAGUCAAUGUCGCCUAUCCGCCAGGAGAACACGUUGCAGAUUAUCCAGCUCACCGAGGCCCUCAAUAGCGCCAGGAAGGACAUCGACAUCCAGACUGCCCGUAUGAGGGAGCUGGAGACGUUGCUGCAGCAGGAGCGCGAAGCCCGGGUGCAGGAGCGUGAGGCUCGGGCACUGGCCGAGGAUCAGGCCAAGCGUCUCGAGGAGUCGACGGCUGUCGCUACCCAUAUGAAUGGCUCCGCCGACCUCGUUCCCGACACUCCCAAGGAUGUUGACACCGACGUCACCAGGGACAUCAGCGUUGAGAAUGCCGAUAAGGAAGAGGCGUCCAAGCGUUCGGCUGCGGAGACCAACCUUGCCGCGCAAACGGCAGCCGCGCUACAGGCGCACAUUGACCGGAUGGAGAACCAAGUCAAGGAGCUCAAGAGGCAGGCUGACGACUGGAAGCAGCGCGCUGAGGCUGCUGAGGCAGAGCGCGAAGCCGACCGCACCACUCUAGCUGAGAUGGUGACACGACUCCGUGAGGAGGAGGCCAAGCGGGUGGCAGCCGAGAAAGAAGGCCGGUCGAGGUCAAGAAGGAGGGCAAGCAAGACUGCAAACGACACGACCGCGGACCAGCAGACCAGCCAACAACCGGACAGUCUAGCCAGCGACGCGCAAAAGCAGCCCAUCUUUCCCGACGGCGAGAGACCAGACGGCGACGCCCCGAUCAACAGCCAGGACCUCCCCGACGAGUCUUCCCCCCUCUCGAGAGGGAGCACCAUCACCUCCCUAAACCCGGGGCGCACGGUGACGGCGGGUCAGAGGCAGCUACAGGCCGGUUUGCCUUAUGCCUCCGCACUGGGUGUCAUGCUGCUAGGCAUGGGACUUAUGGCGUACAUCAACGGCUGGCAGGCACCUCCACCUCGAGCUGACUGA